AUGCCUAAGGCAGCAAAAGCUACUACCAAGGCCAAGGUCACCAAGCCCGAGAAGAGGAAGAAGGAUCCCAACGCGCCCAAGCGCGGUCUCUCAGCCUACAUGUUCUUCGCCAACGACAACCGUGACAAGGUCCGGGAGGACAAUCCUGGCAUCAAAUUCGGCGACGUUGGCAAGGCCCUUGGUGAGAAGUGGAAGGAGCUCACGGACAAGGAUAAGGCUCCUUAUGAGGCCAAGGCCAAGGUCGACAAGAAGCGAUACGAGGACGAGAAGGCGGCUUACAAUGCUGGAGGCGGCGACGGCAGCGAUGAUGACGAGUAA